GUAAUGAGCGUCUUUAAUAAGCCCCGAUUUAAAACAAAAAUGUAACGCAGAGGCUUUAUCAGUAAAGGAACGAAUGAUAUAACUUACUGACGUAUUUCAAGUGUUUAAAAUACGUAGUUAUAUGAUUAACCAAUUUUGCGCGCUGCAGAGUAACAUGUCGGUAGUUGCUCAUCAAGUCGGACGCAACGUGAAGCGACAGCGUUCUAUUCUGCGCCGUGCGGGACGCGGGGAAGCCAUGGCUCCCAAAUACGACGGCUUGUCCCACUGUCAGCUGGCCCUGGCCUUUGCUGUGCUCAUGGACCUGCUGGGUGUGGUGUCCCUGCUGCUGGGGGUCUUCGCUCCACUGGAGAUCCAAGGCCGGGACUUUGGGGAUCUGCUGGUGUACUCCGGAGCUCUGCUGUUACUAAUGUCCCUGGCAGGCUGGGUCAUGUGGUACAGCGGGAACAUUGAGGGUUUGACCUCCAAAAAGGACCUCGGGGGAAUUGUCAAUGGAGCAAUGGACCGCCUCGCCCGCUCCCUGAGCCGCAAGAUACGGUUGCCCAGGACUCGCAGCAGCCCGACAUAGGAAGUGAGGCCCAGCGACGCCAACUGAAACACCUGACUGUUACACAGAGAUCUGUUGUUUGCAAGCCAAACUGCCCGAUGCAAAGGAGUGUCGCUGUUGCUUGUCGUCCUCUGUUCCCGCUCCUCUCCUGCGGCUAAAAGCACAUGAAGAUAAAGUGUUUUUUUGUUUUCAUGGGGAAAACUGAGAUGUUACUAUAUUCAGGGUUGUACUGUAACCGUCUCUAAUAUAGAUUCCAAUUUUUGAAGAUUAAAAAAAUGAAUCUAUUA